CACAUUUGACGUGGGACUGGAAACACGCAGCAGCGCCACUCAAGGUGACUGGGAUGCCGACUUUGGGAGGAGAGGAGAAACGUCCGCGGCUCUUCCUCAGUGGUUGAGGGAGAACUUUUGUCAACCCACGCCACUGCUUAUCAAUUCCACGGCUGUCCGUUCGGACCGCGCACGGAGGGGAGAAAAAAAAAAGAAAAGUGGAUCCCGUCUCACGAACGCCGACUGCAAGCCCGGAGGUGAGGACGAGGGACGGACACUUUGAUAAGCAGCCCUCGGCGUCAUCUUGCCCCCCCCCCCCCCCCCACACACCCACCCGUGGGCACGUCUUCUCCGUGAAUAGGCGAGACUUGACGCGUGGGGGACUUACGCAGAAGUGAAGACGCAUGAGACUUUGAACACGGCGAUUUACCCUUUACUAAAUUUAAGGAUACCUGCAGGAUUUUCCAGGUUGGGGACAAGGAAAAAGACCCACGCGUGGAAAAAAAAUAUAUACAUUGCAAAUUCUGAAGAGCUUUGCGCCAUUUAGACUAUCCAACCUGAAGUCAUAGACUUGGUGGAAGUUCAUCAUCUACAUCCUCUCUGCAAAGGGCUUUGAUGUUUUUUUUCAAGAUUUUUUGAUUUUUUUUUUUUUUUAAGGAUGCAUCUCAUGAUUGCUGGUGUGCACCAUUUUGUCUCAUCUUAUAUGUGGAAAUAACGUCCACCUUGCCCUCACCCAGGAAGAAAAUUCACGCAUUGGUGGGGGCAUCAGUGGGGUCUCUCACUUUCUUGGGCUAUGGCACUUGUGGGUCCGUCACGGGAAAAGGAUAUAUCCCCGUCAUUUUGAGAUGUAUUCGCCUACAGCCGGACUAAUGGAUGGGUUGCUGGUUGAGGCUAAAUAGCCUCGGAUUGUGCGGGAUCGCCUGAGAUUUGCGGCAUCGUUGUCGAGUAGGAAGACUCAUCAAGAAGAUGAUGAGUGGAUAUAGUGUGCUAAUGUGAUUAUUGCCCCAAACUUCUGCACAGUAGUUCAAGGGUCAGUGUUUGGUUCGUGGCUUAAAUGAGAAUGACCUGAACCUUUCUGUGGUUUAACUGACUUGGCAGUUGGCCCAAACGAUCAUUUUUCCAAAGAGCGGAAGACCAGUCAGUGAAUUAUGAAUGUUAAACAAGAUGACCUCCUCUCAGCAGCAGCAGAUGAUGCGAGGUCCUAGGUGGAACCGGGCCUUGUCCGACCCUUUGUUUGUACUGCUCCUUGCCCUCCAGCUGUUGGUGGUUGCGGGUCUGGUACGUGCGCAGACUUGCCCCUCUGUCUGCUCCUGUAGUAAUCAGUUCAGCAAAGUCAUCUGCACACGGAGGGGCCUGCGCGAGGUCCCUGAUGGAAUUUCUACCAACACGCGCUACCUAAAUCUGCAAGAAAACCUCAUCCAGGUGAUAAAAGUGGACAGCUUCAAGCACCUAAGACAUUUGGAGAUCUUGCAGCUGAGUAAAAACCACAUACGCAAAAUAGAGCUUGGGGCCUUCAAUGGACUCGCUAGCCUCAAUACCCUGGAGCUUUUUGACAACCGCCUCACCACAAUCCCAAAUGGGGCAUUUGAGUACCUGUCUAAACUAAAGGAGCUAUGGUUAAGGAAUAACCCUGUAGAGAGUAUUCCCUCCUAUGCUUUUAACAGGGUGCCCUCAUUACGGCGGCUGGACCUUGGGGAACUUAAAAGGCUUUCCUACAUAUCUGAGGGAGCCUUUGAAGGGCUGAGCAAUCUUCGCUACUUAAAUCUGGGAAUGUGCAAUCUGAAGGAAAUCCCAAACCUUAUUCCCCUGGUGAAGCUGGAUGAACUGGAGAUGUCAGGAAACCAGCUCUCUGUCAUUCGCCCUGGCUCUUUUAAAGGACUCGUCCAUCUGCAGAAGCUAUGGAUGAUGCAUGCUCAGAUUCAGACUAUAGAGAGGAACUCAUUUGAUGACCUCCAGUCACUGGUGGAGCUUAAUUUAGCCCACAACAACCUCACCCUCUUGCCGCAUGAUCUCUUUACCCCUUUGCAUCAUCUGGAGAGGGUGCAUUUGCACCACAACCCUUGGAAUUGUAACUGUGACAUUCUCUGGUUGAGCUGGUGGCUUAAAGAGAUGGUCCCGGCAAACACCAGCUGCUGCGCCCGCUGCAGCUCACCGACUCACCACAAGGGGCGCUACAUUGGCGAGCUGGAUCAAAACUACUUUCACUGUUAUGCUCCUGUUAUUGUGGAGCCCCCUGCCGACCUAAAUGUGACAGAGGGGAGCGCUGCCGAGCUGAAAUGUCGAGCCAGCUCUUUGACCUCAGUGAGCUGGAUUACACCCAACGGGUCCAUCAUGACACACGGUGCGUACAAGGUCAGGAUCUCAGUACUAACUGACGGCACUCUAAACUUCACCAACGUUACCAUGCAGGACACUGGUACGUACACAUGCAUGGUCAGUAAUUCAGCCGGUAAUACAACAGCAUCUGCCACACUCAACGUGUCCUCCACUGAGAAUAGCAGCUUCAGCUACUUCACCACAGUGACGGUAGAGACUAUAGAAACGCCACAUAACGAAGGCUUUACCACCGUCGUACAGCAGAAGGUGGGGCCCACUCCAUCUGCUCGAACAUGGAAGUCUAUUUCCCCCACCUCUACAACCACUACCACAGUCCAGACCCCUCUUUCCACCCGUACCACAGAGAAGACCUACACAAUACCCGUCACUGAAUUUGGUGGGGAAGGCUCACUGAAUGGCUUGGAUGAGGUCAUGAAGACAACCAAGAUUAUCAUCGGCUGCUUUGUCGCAAUCACACUCAUGGCAGCCGUCAUGCUGAUCAUCUUCUACAAGAUGCGCAAACAGCACCACCAGCAGAACCACCACGCGCCCACUCGCACCAUUGAGAUCAUCAACGUGGACGAGGACUGCGUAACCGGUGGACCAGGAAUGGAGAGCCACUUGACUUUGCCUCCUCUUGAACACGAGCACCUCAACCAUUACAACGCGUAUAAAACUGCAUACAACCAUGUCUCCACUAUCAACUCCAUACACAGCUCGGCGCAUGAACCUUUGUUAAUCCGAGCCAGUUCGAAAGACAAUGUACAAGAGACCCAAAUCUGAACGUGUUCCUUUUGUCCCCCUUGUCAUGGAAUCACACGAAGACUUUGGUGACGGUACAUGUUUAACGAUUCGUUUUGAGGAGAUAGCUCAAACACGGACGAACCACUGUGUGUUUGGCAAGUCAGUGGUCGGUGAUGUUUCUUCAAUGACUUUGGUAAUUAGGGUAUGUCUGUUACAAAAAGUGUCUUUACAAAACAAAAAGUUAUUUAUUUAAGAAAAAAAAAUAUUGUUGUUAAAUCAAGAAAAAAAAACAGUAUUCUACAAUUAUUUUUUCAGGACUUAGUUUGUUUUUCUUGCCUUUUUCUUAUGUAGAUUGACUGACAUGAAUUGUUUAUAUUUAGGAAACUGAAUACUUUGUUUUUUUCCAGAACAUCUAGAACAGAUUGGACUGGUUUCCUGAGCUGCGGAGUAAGGGAUGAAGUAUUUUACGACUAUUUGGGAAUUGGAUGAAGUACAUAUCGUACGGCAUCAAAACAUUGCCAAAAAAAAAACCUGAGCAUAAAAACGACACUCUUCGUGCGAUAACGAGCUCAUUCUGCGUGUGUUCAACAACAACUUUUAACAAAUUGAUGUCAUUAAAGAUAGAUUAUUUUAACUGACACAUUUUUAUGACUGGAUAUGUGCACCCCAGGUAAUUGCAAUCUACUUUAUAUGAUAAAUUGUAGCUAAUUUAUCAUUGCUCUGAUGUCAUAGUGCCAGCGUCACAAGUGUGAUUCCCUCACAAUGGGAUUAAAUUUGUGUCAUUACAUUUUUUUUUUAUUUUAAGCACUGUACUUCAUAAGGAGUGAUAUAAUGCGUUAUUUUGUCUAAACUUGGCACGCUAAAGACUGCUCUUACACAAAGUUCAACAUCAACAGUUCCUUUGGAUUGUCUCUGACUACGAGACAGUGGACAUUUAAAGUGACCAAACAGAAAGGAGGGUAAUUGCCAGUACUUAAAUUAAUAAAAAAAAUAAUUAAUGAUGCGCGCUUGUAGAAAGGGAAGGACACAUUGCGAUUGCACGGGCAAAAUGAGUCUGCACACAUUGAGUGUGCUUUUUACACCAUAAUAUUGCUCAUUAUUUCCAAUUGUUCAGCAACAAUUGGUAGCAAUGAUAUAUGAUAAUGUCACUGUCCAACACAAUAUAUCACCCACUUUGUAAUAAUAGUUGAGGAUAACUUAAAAUAGUUUUUUUUAAUUAUACUGUAAUUGUUAAAAAAAUAUAUAUAUAUAUCGGUAAUCUUAUGCAUAUAAUUUGUAUGAAUUGGCCAUUUAUUUACUCAAGUGUCCAGCUUACAAUAGUUUAUUUUAUUAUUAUUUUUUUUUUUUUUACCACCGAUUGCAAUAAACUCAUUGAAACCUUGAAGGGAAAACGGCAAAGGCUAAGCAAAAUGGAAGAAUAGUUUAACAAGUCAUCCUUUUGCAUAUUUAUAUCCAAAAUUGUGUGAAUGCUCCAAAGCAUUCACACAAUGGUUUUCUACACCAAAAUCCAUCUAUUUAUUAUUAAUAUUCAACAACUUUUUGGCUCACCCUACCUUCCAAAUGUUUCACCCGAUUCAAACCGUUUUAACUUCAAACUGUUCAGCCUAUUCGGGAAUCGCGGGCUUUCCCCUUGAAAAAUUCCAAAAAUUCCCAGGUUUACAAGAAUUCCAGGUUUUCCGGGACAUUUUUCCCAUUCAAAAUGAUUUGGCCCUUUUUCAAACUUUCACCAUUUCCACAUGUUUCAACCUAUUCAAAUCAUUCUACCUUUAACACAUUCCACCGGUCUUGAAAUUUAAACUUUAAUUAUUCCAAGAUCAAAAAAAUUCCAGGAUUUUCCAGAAUUCCUGGUUUUCGAAAGGCCUAUUUCCACCCUUUUUUCUGGCGAUGUCGCGCCAAAUUUCUUCCCCCCUUCAAAAACCUUCCCCCCGGAAGACAUUUGACGUGACAGCCCCUCUAAUGCCUGAAGGACCCCAAUGAGGGCGUGAUAAUACCAAGUUAUAUAAUAAUAAUAAUGGAUUAGAUUUAUAUUGUGCUUUUCUAUUGUUAGAUACUCAAAGCGCUCACAGAGAAGUGGGAACCCAUUAUUCAUUCACACUUGGUGGUGGUAAGCUACAUAUGGUGCCACAGCUGCCCUGGGGUAGACCGACGGAAGCAAGGCUGCCAGUUUGCGCCGACGGCCCCUCCGACCACCACCAAUCAUUCAUUCAUCAUUCAUUCACCAGUGAGAGCGACCCCGGGGGCAAAGGUGAAGUGUCCUGCCCAAGGACACAACGGCAGCGAUCUUGGAUGUGGGAAGCGAACCUGCAAUGCUCAGGUUUCUGGCACGGCCGCUCUACCCACGACGCCAUGCCGCCCUGACUCUUAAGGGUUACAGCUCCAAAAUUAGUGAAGCAAAAACUGCUUGAAAGGUUAGCAUGCUGGAAUGCUAAUAUAUUUUCCUCACCGUUAUUUUUCACCAAUGACAAUCAGCCAAUUAUAAUGCUUUUAAAACAGGCAGCUGUGUGGGCUGCUUUAAGGUCCUUCCACCCUCAUUGGGGUCUGUCACGCCAAAUGUCUUCCGGGGGGAAGGUUUUUGUAGAGGGGAAGAAUUUUGGCAUAACAGCGACUACUCAUCCCACAUUUUUCAACCCACUUCAACUGUUCCACCGUCAAAACAUUCCUCUUAAUCAGGACAAAAAAAACUGGAAAAAUUCCCUGUUUUCCUGUAAUUCCAGGAAUUCCGGAAUACCAUUUCUCAAUCCACUUUGUUACUGCUUCAACAUUUUUCUACCGAUUUGAAAAAAAUUCAACACAAACCAUUUCAACUCAUUCCGACCAUUCAAGUUUUUUACCAUUUUCAAAAAAUGCCCGCUUUUCCCGAAAUUCCCAACAUUGGGGGAAGUUUCUAUUGAAAUCUAAGGGACAUUCUUCAAAGUUCCACAACUCCAACAUUUUUUAAUCUGAUUUAAACUGUUCCAACUUCAAAAUUUUCAGCCUAUUUGGGAAUUGUGUGGUUUACUUCAACAAUUCUAACAACAUUUCAGGAUUUCAGUUCAACUUCAGCAUUGGAGCAUUCACAUGCAAUUCCUUCAGGAAUUGCCUCAUCUAGUUUGGAGUUAAAAAAAUUUCUGCAGGACCUUUAACAACCUUUUUUUUCGAGCAAAUACCCCUCACCUCAUCUGCAGGGCUGAAGGACUGCAUGCUGUCAGAGGUAGACUAGUGAGCUUAAACCCUUUAUACAGCUGUCUGACCACAUUGCCUGUAAUCUGCGUGCCACAUUUCCACAUGUGCAGUACCUGGCAGGCCCACAGCCACCCACCGCCUGCCAGCCAAACAACUCGGCCCUUAGCAGCAGGUUUUGUGGCUUUAGGACGUGGCGUGUGUGGGAGCGAGCACCAGCCAGAUGUCUGCUGUACCCGCUCUACUCCCCCAACUCCAUUUACACUUUAAUCGAUGGGCUCAUGGGCCCGGCUCUGCAACGUUUCAAACAGCCCACCAGAAAAAAAAAAUAAUGCCAACAAUCAUAAAUUAAGUCAAGCCCAACAUUUACGAUAAAGUAUAUUUAAAGGCCUACUGAAAUGAGAUGUUCUUAUUUAAACGGGGAUAGCAGGUCCAUUUUUGUGUCAUACUUGAUCAUUUCGUGAUAUUGCCAUAUUUUUGCUGAAAGGAUUUAGUAGAGAACAUUGACGAUAAAGUUCGAAACUUUUGGUGCUGAUAAAAAAUCCUUGCCUUUAACGGAAGUCGCAGACGAUGACGUCACAAGGGUGAGGGCUCCUCACGUCCUCACAUUGUUUAAAAUGGGAACCUCCAGCAGCAAGAGCUGUUCGGACCGAGAAAACGACAAUUUCCCCAUUAAUUUGAGCGAGGAUGAAAGAUUUGUGGAUGAUGAUAUUGAUAGCAAAGGACUAGAAAAAAAAAAAAAUGUUAAAAAAAAAAAAAAGGCGAUUGCAUUGGGACGGAUUCAGUUGUUUUUAGACACAUUUACUAGGAUAAUUCCGGGAAAUCCCUUAUCUUUCUAUUGUGUUGCUAGUGUUUUAGUGGGAUUAAAUAGUACCUGAUAGUCGGAGGGUUGGGUCCACGGGUGUCUUUAGGCCAGUCUCUGAGGGAAGUCGACGUCAGCUGCAUGAACAGCGCAAGUUCAGCUGAUCUCCGGUAAGAGGCGACUUUUUACCACAAUUUUUCUCACCGAAACCUGCCGGUUGACAAGUGGUCAGGAACCAUGUUCGGUUGACCACUCUGAUCCAUAGUAAAGUUUCACCUCCGGGAAUUUUAAACAAGGAAUCACCGUGUGUUUGUGUGGCUAAAGGCUAAAGCUUCCCACCUCCAUCUUUCUACUUUGACUUCUCCAUUAUUAAUAGAACAAAUUGGAAAGGUUCAGCAACACAGAUGUCCAGAAUACUGUGUAAUUGCACGAUGAAAAGAGACGACUUUUAGCCGCAAAUGGUGCUUCGCUAAUAUGUACUGACAGUCCGUGACCUCACACGCAUGCGUCAUCAUUCCGAGACGUUUUCAACAAGAAACUUUGCGGGAAAUUUAAAAUUGCAAUUUAGUAAACUAAAAAGGCCGUAUUGGCAUGUGUUGCAAUGUUAAUAUUUCAUCAUUGAUAUAUAAACUAUCAGACUGCGCGGUGGGUAGUAGUGGGUUUCAGUAGGCUUUUAAUCUUGCUUGUCCCUUUUUAUCAAGAUUAAUUCAAAUUUGUUACAGAUUAUUCUAAGGACAUAAAUAUAUCCAGUCGUGGUCAAAAUUUUCCAUACACUUGUAAAGGACAUAAUGUCAUGGCUGUGUUGAGUUUUCAAUAUUUUCUACAACUCUUAUUUUUUUUCUAAUAAAGUGAAUGGAGCACAUACUUGUUGGUCACAAAAAUAUUCAUGAAGUUUGGUUCUUUUAUGAAUUUAUUAUGGGUCUACUGAAAAUGUGACCAUAUCAUCUGGGUCAAAAGUAUACACACAGCAACAUAAAUGAUAAAUGUUGGCAAUGUAGAUAAGUUACAAUCAAAUCAAAUUGGUUUCAUUGCAUGGCCUCUAAACUUCAUAUGAUCGAUUAUGAUUGACUACACCUGUUGACUUCUCUAAGCCCAGACAAUGGGAAAGUCAAAGGAACUCAGCAAAGAUCUAAAAAAAAAAAAAACGAAUCAUUCACUUCAACAAGUCAGGAAAGUCACUUGGAACAUCAUUCCCACCGUCAAGCAUGGUGGUGGUAGUAUUAUGCUCUGGGUCUGUUUUGUUGCCAAUGGAACUGGUGCUUUACAGAGAGUAAAUGGGACAAUGAAAAAGGAGGAUUACCUCCAAAUUCUUCAGGAAAACUGAAAAUCAUCAGCCCGGAGGUUGGGUCUUUGGCGCAGUUAGGUCUUCCAACAUGACAACGACCCCAAACAUAUGUCAAAAGUGGUAAAGGAAUGGCUAAAUCAGGCUAGAAUUAAGGUUUUAGAAUGGCCUUCCCAAAGUCCUGACUUAAACCCCAUUGAAAACAUGCAGACAAUGCUGAAGAAACAAGUCCAUGUCAGAACACAUUUAGCUGAACUGCACCAAUUUUGUCAAGAGGAAUGGUCAAAAAUUCAACCAGAAGCUUGUGGAUGGCUACCAAAAGCGCCUUAUUGCAGUGAAACUUGCCAAGGGACAUGUAACCAAAUAUUAACAUUGCUGUAUGUAUACUUUUAAAGUAAAGUUAAAGUACCAAUGAUUGUCACACAAUGGCGAAAUUAUUCUCUGCAAUUGUCCCAUCACCCUUGAACACCCCCUGGGUGGUGAGGGGAGCAGUGGGCAGCAGCGGUGCCGCGCCCGGGAAUCAUUUAUGGUGAUUUAACCCCCAAUUCCAACCCUUAAUGCUCAGUGCCAAGCAGGGGGGUAAUGGGUGCCAUUUUUAUAGUCUUUGGUAUGACUCGGCCGGGAUUUGAACUCACGACCUACACAUCUCAGGGCGGACACUCUAACCACUAGGCCACUGAGUAGGUUGACCCAGCAGAUUUGGUCACAGUUUCAGUAGACCCAUAAUAAAUCCAUAAAAUAGCCAAACUUCAUGAAUGUUUUCUGUGACCUACAGUUAUGUGCUCCAAUCACUCUGUCACGGAAAAAAUACGAGUUGUAGAAAUUAUUGGAAACUCAAGACAGCCAUGACAUUGUGUUCUUUACAAAUGUAUAUAAACUUUUGACCACGACUGUAUAUAUCCAUCCUUUUUACUGGAAUCAAUCAAAAAUUGUAAUAAAUAAUACAAUUUAAUCAUGGCAAUUAUUAGAAACAUCACAUCUUAUUUGGUGGAACUUACUGCUGACCUGUGCAAAAAAUAUGUAUAUUAUUAUUUGACAUACAGAUAUAAAGUUGGUUGAAAAAAAAAAAAAAAAGAAAUAGAGAAAUGUGUUUAAUGUUAUUGGGUUGCUCAAGAAAUCCGGGACAAAUACAGCGGUACCUCAUUUUCGAUUAUUAAUAUGUUCCCAAAGUCAAAAUCGGAUGGUAACUGAAACAAUGAAAAUUAAGUUAUUUAAUUUCAGACAUCCCCAAAUGUUAACACAAUAUGCUUUUUGAUAUAGAAUAAUUGUCCUUUUACAAGCGGAAACAAUGCAAAAUGCAUAUGCAUAUAGACUGAAAUUGAUGAAAGAACAUUUAACAUCACUUUCACCCUUUUAAUAAAAAACUCGUGAAUUUUGUUUGUGCAAUACCACGCAUGCACGAGACCGAAUUUACAGAACAACUGUCGUGACCCGGCAACUUCAUGCGCUUAAGAAUAGACCCUUGUCCUCUUCCAUCAGCAGGGAAUACAAGGUGGAAUUAGUCUUUGAGAAAAUCUGAGCAUGCGGGCAGCGCUAAAACAGUAGGAAGGGGAUUCGUAGGCCCCCUUCUUGGCGGUUUGGGGGGGGGGGGUGCACUAUCCACUUUAGCCGCCAGAUGGCAGUAGAGUGAUUCAUAUCUUAAAAUGUGUUUUUGGACGAUUCCAACUUUGACCACUGUGUCAGUUGCUCUAUAACAGGGGUGUCAAACGUACGGCCCAGGUUUUACCCGGCCCACAGGAGGAGUUUGCUAAGUAUAAAAAUUAUCCCAAAUUUUUGAACGAAAGAAACUGCUGUUCUAAAUUGAUCCACUAGAUGUCACAAUAGCAAUUCUUUGUAUCUUUGUUGAUGAUGCUACAUAUAUACACACGCACACACACACAUAUAUAUAUAUAUACAUAUAUAUAUAUAUAUAUAUAUAUAUAUAUAUAUAUAUAUAUAUAUAUACAGAACUGUUUCGUGAGGGGUUACCACCACAAUCACCUGAUGAUUAAGGUAACCCCUCAUGAAACAGUUCUGUAGAGAUGAAGUAGUCUUGUGAUUUUUCCCACACAUACAUAUUGCGCUCUACCACGGUAUUGAGCACUAUUCUCUGGAUAAUCUAUAUAUAUAUAUAAAAAUACAUACAAAAAAUAACCACAUGAUGUUAUUGCAUCGGUCGAAAAAAAAUAGUAAACUACAUAAAUAACAUCCUGUAAUUUCAUUUUGAUACAUUUUUUUUUAUCUUGAUCGAUUGAAAAUGAACACCAACAAGUUGACUGAUGAAAAUGAUCACAGAAAGUAUAAAUAACCCCAAAUAAAGAUAGAAUACCAUUACCCGCAACAUGUAUGUGUAAGAAAAAAAAAAUAACAUUAUGAUUUGUAAAAUUUUCAGAAUGUGCUUGUUCUGUUUCUGAACAAAGAAAAAAAUCUGAGGUUGUCUUUAUUUUUAAGUUAUCAUGCCGUGAUUUUACUAGUCCGGCCCGCUUGGGAGUAGAUUUAAAAAUCUGAGGUUGUCUUUAUUUUUAAGUUAUCAUGCCGUGAUUUUACUAGUCCGGCCCACUUGGGAGUAGAUUCAAAAAUCUGAGGUUGUCUUUAUUUUUAAGUUAUCAUGCCGUGAUUUUACUAGUCCGGCCCACUUGGGAGUAGAUUUUUCUCUAUGUGGACCCUGAUUUAAAAUGAGUUUCACACCAUCAUUUUCAGCAAACUGCAUUGCAAAAAAAAAAGUAAACAUCCCCUUCCUCUCAGGAACGGGACCAUAUUAAUCCCUUCCCUACUGUAGUUCUCUUAACAAGAGCAAAAUUUCAUCUCUAUUGAUGUAAGACCAAGUGCUACAUGAAACUGUAGAUGUCAGCCGGUGAGCGCCAUAUUCCCCAUGAUUGUUAGGCUUGAUUUAGCCUAGCAGUGUGGUGCGUUAAGGGACACUCUGUAAACAUGGACUCUUGGGCUCUAAUCGGCUUCGAUUGAACUAUUACUGAAUGCUACAACAUUACAUGCUCUGUCGUUGGUCGGUUUUCAGCCGUACUCAAUAAAAAAAUGUCACUAACAUGUUUAAUUAUUCUAAAACCGAGACUGCGUGUGAAAACCCAGAUUAUGUUUUGGUGAAAAUGUCGGAAACCCGGAUCAUAAUAAACCGUAUAGAAUCAGAGGUACCACUGUAUUGUAUAUUAACAACUGAAGUCAUCAUGCCAUUACCAGUUAAGGCUUAAAACCUGCAAGUUUAAAAAAAAAAGAAAAGCUAACACAGUUAAUUGCAUCCUACUUCAUUUUGUGUUUUGUUUUUUUUUCUAACAAAGAAUUCCUUAGUGAAUCAUCACACUGAUGUGAUGUAUUAGGUCCAACAACAAAAAAUAUACAUAAUUGUAUUUUCCCUUCCAGGCUUAUGGAGGAAGCAGCGUCGAUUAUGAACACUUUGGGGGUGCAAUGUCAGAGUCUAAUGAGUCUACCCAGCAUGCCCACUGUUUGUGUCAAUAGUGUCUAGGAUAAUGAUAUUAAUAUUAAGCUGAUAAUGUGUUUAGCCCCUUCGAAGGAAAAACACUAAUAGAUUUGACGUGAGUGUGCUGCACAUUUAACAAGUGUUUUAUAUAAAUGCUUAAAUAAGAUCCCCAUACAAUUUUGGUCUAAUUGAGCUAUAUUUAAUAUGCUUUCUGAAAUCCAAACAAAAUAUAUCACAUUGCACUCGUAAUUCCCUAAAUCUCAUUGGAAGUUCCAUAUUUGGGACAUUGUUGUUACAAUUAUAACCGUUUUUGUUCCUGAAGUUAUCGUUUAGUCUUUAGUUGAAGGUGAUUUGUGUUGGAAAUUUGAUUACUUUCAUUUGCGUCACACUCCUUCAUGUAUGUAAGAUAUUGCCAUGUUUUGAUCAGCAUUUUUUUUUGAGAGGAAAUGUAAUUGUAGUUGUAGAUUUAUACAAAAAUACAUUUUGAGAUUGCAUCAUUUACAGAUGUCAAAAAUCAAGUGUUUUGUUGUCUGUUUUGUUUCUACUCGUACCAACCAGCUGUUUAAAAAAAAUGUGCUGUACAAGAUUAAGAGGUUGAUUUUCAUGUAAGAAUUAUUUUAUGACCUUUAAAAAGAUAUGGGGAUUGAAUAUAGAGAACAGAGUUUGUAGUACAUAAAAUAUGGUUAAAAUAAACUCUUGUUGUUUUUGGUA